AUGAAGAGCCUCAAGUCCCGCCUGAGGAGACAGGACGCGCCCGGACCGCUGUUGUCCGGCGCCUCCACAAGCGCGCAUGCAGCAGAUUGGAACAAAUAUGAUGACAGAUUGAUGAAAGCAGCAGAAAGGGGAGAUGUAGAAAAAGUGUCUUCAAUCCUUGCCAAAAAGGGGGUCAAUCCAGGCAAGCUAGAUGUGGAAGGCAGAUCUGUCUUCCAUGUGGUGGCCUCAAAGGGUAAUCUUGAGUGUUUGAAUGCCAUCCUUAUGAAUGGAGUUGAUAUUACAACCAGUGACACUGCAGGAAGAAAUGCUCUUCACCUGGCUGCAAAGUAUGGACAUGCAUUAUGCCUACAAAAACUUCUACAGUACAAUUGUCCCACUGAACAUGCAGACCUGCAGGGAAGAACUGCACUUCAUGAUGCUGCUAUGGCAGACUGUCCUUCUAGCAUACAGCUGCUUUGUGACCAUGGGGCCUCGGUGAAUGCCAAAGAUGUAGAUGGGCGGACACCACUUGUUCUAGCUACUCAGAUGUGUAGGCCAACAAUAUGUCAACUGCUGAUAGAUAGAGGAGCGGAUAUUAAUUCCAGAGACAAACAAAACAGAACUGCUCUCAUGUUAGGUUGUGAAUAUGGUUGCAAAGAUGCUGUAGAAGUUUUAAUUAAAAAUGGUGCUGAUAUAAACUUGCUGGAUGCCCUUGGCCAUGAUAGUUCUUACUAUGCAAGAAUUGGUGACAAUCUUGACAUUCUAAACUUAUUGAAGACUGCAUCGGAAAAUACCAACAAAGGGAGAGAACUUUGGAAGAAAGGACCAUCAAUACAACAGCGAAAUUUGACACACAUGCUAGAUGAAGUAAAUAUGAAGUCAAAUCAGAGGGAGCACCAAAGCAUUCAGGAUCUGCAGAUUGAAAAUGGAGAUUUAAAAGAAAGGUUGAGAAAAAUUCAGCAAGAACAGAGAAUAUUAUUGGAUAAAGUCAAUGGUUUACAGCUACAGCUAAAUGAGGAAGUAAUGGUUGCUGAUGAUCUGGAAAGUGAGAAAGAAAAGCUGAAGUCCCUUUUGGUGGCUAAAGAAAAGCAACAUGAAGAAAGUUUGAGAGCUAUGGAGGCUCUGAAAAAUAGAUAUAAAUAUUUUGAGAGUGAUCAUGUAGGAUCAGGAAGUCAUUUCAGUAACCGAAAAGAAGAUAUGAUUCUUAAACAAGGUCAAAUGUACAUGACAGACUCACAGUGUACUUCCCCAGGUGUGCCCGCUCAUAUGCAAAGCAGAUCUAUGUCACGACCACUGGAGCUGUCCUUACCCAAUCAAACUUUAUAUUCUGAAAACGAAAUUUUAAAGAAAGAGUUAGAAGCAAUGAGAACUUUCUGUGAAUCAGCAAAACAGGACCGACUCAAGCUCCAAAAUGAACUGGCUCACAAAGUGGCCGAGUGCAAAGCAUUAGCAUUAGAAUGUGAAAGGGUCAAGGAGGAUUCAGAUGAACAGAUAAAGCAAUUAGAAGACGCAUUAAAAGAUGUGCAGAAGAGAAUGUAUGAGUCAGAAGGAAAAGUUAAACAAAUGCAGACUCAUUUUCUUGCUCUUAAAGAGCACCUUACAAGUGAAGCAGCUUCAGGGAAUCACAGACUAAUGGAGGAAUUAAAGGAUCAGUUGAAAGACAUGAAAGCAAAGUAUGAAAGUGCUUCAGCAGAAGUGGGAAAAUUAAGGAACCAAAUCAAACAAAAUGAGAUGUUAGUAGAAGAGUUUAAGCAGGAUGAAGGCAAGCUGGUAGAGGAAAAUAAGCGACUACAGAAGGAAUUCAGUAUGUGUGAAAUGGAGCGAGAGAAGAAAGGGAGAAGGGUCACAGAGAUGGAAGGCCAAUUAAAAGAACUGUUAGCAAAGUUGGCCCUUUCCAUUCCAAAAGAAAAAUUUGAAAACAUGAAGAGCUUAUUAUCGAAUGAAGUAAAUGAGAAGGCAAAAAAAUUAGUUGAUAUGGAAAGAGAAUAUGAAAAAUCACUUAGUGAAAUUAAACAGUUAAAGCGAGAACUUGAGAAUUUUAAGGCUAAGAUUUCUCAGCAUGUCAAACCAGAGGAACAUGAGCAGCUCAAGAACAGAUUAGAACAAAAGUCAGGAGAACUUGGGAAGAAGGUCACUGAGUUAAUAUCGAAGAAUCAGACCUUACAAAAGGAAAUUGAAAAGGCUUACCUGGAUAAUAAGCUCCUCAACCAACAAGUACACAACUUAACAACUGAAAUGAAAAAUCAUUACAUUCCUUUAAAAGUAAGUGAAGAAAUGAAAAAGUCAUAUGAUGUAAUUAUUGAUGAUUUGAAUAAAAAGCUUUUAGAUGUAACAGAAAAAUACACAGAAAAGAAGUUGGAAAUGGAGAAGUUGGAAAUGGAAAAUGACAGUUUAAAUAAAAAUGUUAACCGUCUGGAAACUAUGUUCAUACCUCAUGAGAAACAUGAAAAAGAGAUGAUGACUCUGAAGUCCAAUAUUGUUGAACUUAAAAAACAGCUCUCUGAACUUAAUAAGAAAUAUGGUGAAGACCAAGAGAAAGUAUAUUCACUCAUGUCUGAAAACACCAACUUGAAAAAGACUAUGAGCAAUCAGUAUGUACCAGUUAAAACUCAUGAAGAAAUUAAAACUGCACUAAGUAGCACAUUAGAUAAAACUAACAGAGAAUUGUUAGAUGUGAAGAAAAAAUAUGAACAUGUAAAUAAAGAACUUGUGAAAAUAAAAGAUGAGAAUGAAAUAUUAAAAAGAAACCUGGAAAACACUCAGAACCAAAUGAAAGCUGAGUACAUCAGCCUAAGAGAGCAUGAGGAAAAGGUGAGUGCUGUCAGUAAGAGCAUGAGAAAGGUACAGGAGAAUAGUGCAGAAAUACUGGCCAACUACAAGAAAGGCCAAGAAGAGAUUGUGACAUUGCAUGCUGAAAUUGAAGCCCAGAAAAAGGAACUUGACACGAUACAAGAAUGCAUUAAAGUAAAAUAUGCUCCAAUUGCCAGCUUUGAAGAGUGUGAGAAAAAAUUUAAGGCAAUAGAGAAAGAACUAAAAGAACAGUUAUCAGAGCAGACACAAAAGUAUAAUGUCAGGGACGAAGAGACCAAGAAGUGCAAACAAGAGAAUGACAAGUUAAAGGAGGAGAUUUUCACUCUUCAGAAGGAUUUAAGGGAUAAGAAUGUUCUCAUUGAGAAUUCUCAUGAAAUGGAAAGAGCAUUAAGCAGAAAAACAGAGGAGUUGAACAGACAGUUAAAAGACCUGUUACAGAAAUACACAGAGGUAAAGAAUGAGAAGGAGAAGCUAGUAGAAGAAAAUGCCAAACAGACUUCUGACAUCCUCACAGCACAGACACUUCUGCAAAAACAAUAUGUUCCAUCGGAACAGGUAGAGGCCCUGGAAAAAUCUCUUAAUGGUACAAUUGAGACUCUAAGGGAAGAAUUAAAGAAUAAGCAAAAGCGUUAUGAGAAAGAGCAGCAGACAGUGACCAAGUUGCAUCAGUUGCUGGAAAACCAAAAGAAUUCUUCAGUGCCCCUGGCCAAGCAUUUGCAGAUGAAGGAAGCAUUUGAGAAAGAAAUUGGAAUUAUAAAAGCUACCUUGCGAACCAAGGAAGAAGAAAACCGAAACAAAACUGAAGAAAUCUCCAAACUUCAGUUGGAGAUUCAGAAUAGUAAACAAGCAUUAAAAAAAUUAGAGACAAGAGAGGUAGUGGAUAUGUCUAAAUAUAAAGCAACAAAAAGUGAUUUGGAGACACAGAUUUCCGACUUAAAUGAAAAGUUGACCAAACUGAAUAGAAAGUAUGAAGAUGUAUGUGAGGAGGUUUUACAUGCCAAAAAGAAGGAACUAUCUGCAAAAGGUGAUAAAGAAUUACUACAUUUUAGCAUUGAGCAAGAAAUCAAGGAUCAGCAGGAGCGAUGCGAUAAGUCCUUAUCAACAAUCACAGAGUUACAGAUAAGAAUACAGGAAUCUGCUAAGCAAAUUGAAGCAAAAGAUAAUAAGAUAACUGAGCUACUUAAUGAUGUAGAAAGACUAAAACAGGCCCUUAAUGGCCUUUCACAGCUCACUUAUACAAGUGGGAGUCCCAGCAAGAGACAGAGCCAGCUGAUUGACACUCUGCAGCACCAAGUGCGGUCCCUGCAGCAGCAGCUCACUGAUGCACACAGACAGCACCAAGAAGUAAUUGGAAUUUAUCGGACACACCUUCUUAGUGCCGCACAGGGUCACAUGGAUGAAGAUGUGCAGGCGGCCUUACUCCAGAUUAUACAGAUGCGGCAGGGACUUGUAUGCUAG